AUGCUUCCGCAGCGGUCUUCACGAUUGCUCUCUUGCCUGUCCCGUGGCGCCUUCCGUUCGCCUGUAGCACCGCUCAGCGCGUCGCUGCGAUGUCGGACCCAGCGACCGUACAGCAUUCACGCUGACAAGUCUGUCGGCGAGAAGAUACAGGAUAUCGACCCGACCAAGCUCUCCAUAACCAAGACGACGACGCCAAAAGACCUGCUGCCGCAUGAAGAACUUGUCUUUGGCCGCAACUUCUCUGAUCACAUGCUGUCGCUCGAAUGGACAGCAACAGAAGGAUGGCUGCCAGCACGCAUUACCCCCUACCAGAACCUCAGUCUCGACCCCGCGACGUGCGUCUUCCACUAUGCGUUCGAGUGCUUCGAGGGCAUGAAGGCCUACAAGGACAAGAACGGAAACAUCAGGCUGUUCAGGCCGGACAAGAACAUGGCCAGGUUGAACAAGUCAUCGGCGCGAAUUGCGUUGCCCACUUUCGACCCCGAUGCUUUGAUCGAGCUCAUUGGCAAGUUUGUGAAGGAGGAUGAGCGUUUCGUUCCCGAUGCGCGAGGCUACUCUCUCUACCUUCGCCCAACGAUGAUCGGCACUCAGCGCACCCUCGGCGUCGGCCCUCCCGCGUCUGCACUACUCUACGUGAUCGCUUCCCCCGUCGGACCAUACUACCCAACUGGAUUCAAGGCUAUCUCGCUCGAGGCUACAGACUACGCUGUGCGCGCGUGGCCUGGAGGUGUUGGAGACAAGAAGCUUGGUGCCAACUACGCACCUUGCAUCGUCCCGCAGAUGCAGGCUGCAAGCCGCGGAUUCCACCAGAACCUGUGGCUGUUUGGCGAAGAAGAGUUCAUCACCGAGGUCGGCACCAUGAACCUGUUUGCCGCUAUCAAGAACAAGGAGACUGGAAAGCCAGAAUUGCUCACUGCGCCUCUCGACGGAACUAUUCUUGAGGGAGUAACGCGAGACUCAAUCCUCGAGCUUGCGCGGGAACGUCUGGUGCCCAAGGGCUGGACCGUAUCGGAGCGCAAGUUCACCAUGAAGGAGGUGGCCGACGCUGCCAACGAGGGACGCAUGAUGGAGAUCUUCGGUGCAGGCACUGCUGCCAUUGUCGCUCCGGUGCGCAAGAUCAGCUGGAAGGGACAGCUUGUUGACUGCGGGCUCGAAGACCACGUCGAAGCCGGCCCAAUUGCACAGCAGAUGAAGGACUGGAUGGAGGCCAUUCAGUACGGCGACGAGGACCACCCGUGGAGCUCCCAACCUCUCGUUACACCGCCGACGCUCCAACGCCUAAACACCCCGUCAAUUGCCCGCCCAGAGCUGCGCCGCCGCUCGUCAAUCCCUCCACCACGCGCCCCGACGACACGCCCCCGAAUUCUCACGAUGCUGGCCGGCGCACUCUGCCGCUUGGCAGCCGACGCUCCCAGGGCCUCCCCACACGACAUGCCGCAGCUCGCCCGCACCCUCGGCCGCGCCCUCCUCGCCCGCAAUGCCGCCCAGCACCCGCAUGCGCGCGCCCUCUCACGCGCCUUUGCCUCUGCCCUCCAGAACCGUCGGUCGUAUGCUACAACUACGCGCGCCACCAAGCCCACGGCGACGGUGAAGAAGGCGGUCAAGACAGCCGCCGCUAAGAAGCCUGCGCCCAAGAAGACGGCCACAACAGCAAAGAAGGCGGCUCCCAAGAAGAAGCCCGCAGCAAAGAAGGCGGCGCCCAAGAAGAAGGCAAAGAAGCCUACCGCGAAGAAGCCCGCGCCCAAGAAGCGCGUCAAGAAGGUCUUGACGCCCGAAGAACAACAAAAGGUCAAGCUCCGAGAGCUACGCGCCAAGGCACUCAAGGAACCCGUGAGCCGCAGGUCAUUGUCUGCUCUCCAUGUAUUCUUAGCUGAAAAGCUGGCUGGUGUUCCGGGCCAAAAGACUGGGCAACUUCCGGCUGCUACGGCCGAGUUCCAGAAGUUGACCCCCGCUGAGCUUGAGCACUACAACCACCUCGCAAGCGAGAGGACUGUCGCUAGAAGAGCCGAGUACGACGCAUGGCUCAAGGCCUACACUCCCGACCAGAUCCGCAUUGCGAACAACGCACGUGCCCAGUUACGGAGGAUCUAUACGAGUGAAAAGAAGAAGGCUCCUGCUCACACUGCCAAGCUUGUCGAUGAGCGUCAUGUGAACAAAGUGAUACCCGCCUAUGCCGCCUUUGUCAAAGAAAGGUUUGCCUCCGGAGACUUCAAGAACAUUUCCCCUCUCGAGGCUAUGAAACUCAUCUCCCAGGAGUGGAAGUCUUUGGGCGCUGCUGAGAAGAAGAAAUACACAGACGCCUACGCUGCUCAGAAGAACGCUGCGGCAUCCGCAUAA